CUGCAGGCAACUGUAUCCAUGUGUGACCUUGAAUUUGGCAGUGGCAAGGUGAAGGAGCAAAGCAUGAGUGGCUGGUGGCAUGUGCCCUGGUGUAAGCAGUUUGUGCAGCCUUGUCUGGUCGAGCUGCUGGGCUCGACCCUCUUCAUCUUCAUUGGGUGCCUGUCGGUUAUCCAGAACCAGCAGAACACUAGAACACUGGAGCCGGCCCUGGCCCAAGGGCUGGCCUUGAGCCUUGUCGUUGCCAUAUUGGGGAACAUCAGUGGCGGACACUUUAACCCUGCAGUGUCCCUGGUGGCUGUGCUGAUUGGAGGCCUCAACCUGAUACUGCUCUUUCCCUACUGGAUUUGCCAGCUGUGUGGAGGGCUGAUCGGGGCUGCCUUGGCCAAGGCAUUAAGUUCCGAGGAGAAGUUCUGGAAUGCAUCGGGGGCGGCCUUUGUGACAGUCCAGGAGCCGGGGCAGGUGGUGGGGGCAGUGGUGGCCGAGGUCAUCCUGACGAUACUGCUGGCUCUGGUCGUAUGCAUGGGCGUCAUCAAUGAGAAAACCCAGGACACUCUGGCCCCCUUCUUCGUUGGCUUCUCCGUCAUUGUGGCUAUCCUGGCUGGGGGCACUGUGUCUGGAGCCUGCAUGAACCCUGCCCGUGCCUUUGGACCCGCUGUGAUGGCCAACCACUGGGACUUCCACUGGAUCUACUGGCUGGGCCCGCUCCUGGGCAGUCUGUUUGUAGGAGUGCUCGUCAGAGUAUUCAGUGGUAAUGGGAAAACCACCCUAAUCCUAAAGGGCUGGUGAAGCUGAGAUGGUGG